GAGCUCUGUCUCGACGGUGUAUGUGUGUGCGUGUGUAUUAAACCUCCUCCCACAAAAACACACAGGCACGAGAGCAUGACAGCACGGGAAAGCGCUUCAUUUACACGGCAGGAACUUCCAGGAGACGUUAAACCUCCGGGAAUACGGAGUAAAGGAUAUCUAAUCGCGGUCAUCUGAACAUGAGAGUUAACGGUUACAGCUGAGCGAGGGGGUUUAAAUCUCGGGCACUCGCGCGCCUGUAGAAAACGGACUUUUAAUGGUUUUUAAUUGACUUCUUCAACAGUCCUCUGGAAGUUAAUGAGAGUUUGUAGUGCAGGAUGUCGAUGCCGGCUCCCACGGAGACUCGCAGGUUCACCCGCGGGCUCAGUAAGCCGGGCACGGCGGCCGAGCUGCGGCAGAGCGUGUCGGAGGCGGUGCGGUCCUCGGUGCUGCUGGUGAAGCCGCGUGUGGUGGAGCCCCUGGACUAUGAGAGUGUGUUGGUUCAGAGGAAGACUCAGAUCCUCAGCGAUGGACUCCGAGACAUGCUGCAGUUUCCUCUGGAGGACUUCCAGGUGUGUUCAGUGUCCCGCCAGACCCGGACGCUCUGCUCCUCGAUCCCCGCUCACGCUCUCAGAGACGCUCAGAGUCUGUUCGUGCAAGAGUGCAUCAAGUCUUACAUCUCUGACUGGCUUGUGGUCAACUACAAAUAUGAGGAUUAUUCCAGCGACUUCCGUCAGCUUCCCAGCAAAGUGUCCAGACCUGAUAAUUUAGCACAGCAUGUUUUUGAGGUGGAUGAAGACGUGGAUAAAGAUGAGGACACGGCCUCUCUUGGCUCUCAGAAGGGUGGCCUCAUUAAACAGGGUUGGCUACACAAAGGCAACGUGAACAGCGCCAUCAGCGUCACCAUGAGGUCUUUCAAAAGAAGGUAUUUCCACCUGACGCAGUUGGGCGACGGCUCAUAUAAUCUCAACUUCUACAAGGAUGAGAAGAUCAACAAAGAGCCCAAAGGAACCAUCUUCCUGGACUCCUGUAUGGGAGUGGUGCAGAACAACCGCGUGCGCAGGUUUGCGUUCGAGCUGAAGAUGCAGGAUAAGAGUGGUUAUGUCCUGGCCGCGGACUCCGAGACUGAGAUGGACGACUGGAUCGGCACACUCAACCGGAUCCUCAACAGCAGCUUCGAGCUCGCCAUGCUGGACAAGAGGAACGGGGACGUACACGACGAUGAUGAACAGGGGAAAAGCGAUCACUCCUCUAGCAGUAUGGACAGUUUUCAGAGUGCCAGAGACAUCGAGAGCAAGAUGAGAAACGACACACGGCUGAAGCUCUUCACACUGGACGCAGACUUACAGAGACUGGAUUUCUCCGGGAUCGAGCCGGAAGUGAAGCCCUUCGAGGAGAAGUUUGGGAAGCGGAUCUUGGUGAACUGCAACGACCUGUCGUUUAACCUGCAGAGCUGUGUGGCGGAGAACGAGGAGGGGCCGACCACUAACGUGGAGCCGUUCUUCGUGUCUCUGUCGCUGUUUGAUGUUCAGAGCGGUCGUAAGAUCUCGUCAGACUUCCACGUGGACAUGAACCAUCCGUCAGUGAGAGAGCUUCUGUCCUCGUCGGGGUCUCCGGACGGUCCUCGAGGAGAGACGGAGAGCAGCGCGCAGUUCCCUCGACAGGGAGUGUUUUCCGUGACCUGUCCACACCCGGACAUCUUCCUGGUUGCACGGAUAGAGAAGGUUUUACAGGGUGGAAUCACGCAUUGUGCCGAGCUUUACAUGAAGAACUCAGACUCUGUUAAGGCCGCUCAGAAGGUGUUGAAGAACGUGAAGAUGGCCUGCGGUCGGCUGGGUCAGUACCGGAUGCCCUUCGCAUGGGCCGCCAGGCCGCUGUUUAAGGACGCCUCUGGGACGGUGGACAAGAGCGCUCGCUUCUCGGCUCUCUACCGGCAGGACGGGAACAAGCUCUCCAACGAGGACAUGUUCAGACUCUUGGCCGACUUCAGGAAGCCAGAAAAGAUGGCCAAGUUGCCUGUGAUUCUGGGUAAUUUGGAUGUUACGGUUGAUAACGUGGCACCAGAUCUGCCUAAUUGUGUCACGCCCUCCUAUCUUCCUCUCCGUCAGACUGAUGGCGCUGAACGGGGCAGGCUUGUGUUUGAGGUGGAGGAGUUUGUGCCAUCAAUCGCCAAAUGCUCUCAGCCUUUCACUAUUUACAACAACCACCUGUACGUGUAUCCACGACAUCUCAAAUACGACAGCCAGAAAAGCUUCACUAAGGCCAGAAACAUCGCUCUGUGUGUAGAGUUCAGAGAUUCGGAUGAGGAGGACGCUCUCCCACUAAAGUGUAUAUAUGGGCGUCCAGGAGGGCCUCUGUUCUGUAAGAAAGCGUUUGCCGCCGUCUUACACCACCAGCAGAGCCCAGAGUUUUACGAAGAGUUUAAAAUCGAGUUGCCGGUUCAGCUGACGGACCGACACCAUCUCCUGUUCAGCCUCUAUCACAUCAGCUGUGACAGCAACAGCAAAGCCAGCACUAAGAGACGAGAGCAGGUGGAGACACAAGUGGGUUACGCGUGGCUCCCCCUGCUGAAGGAUGGCAGAGUGAUCAUGAAUGAGCAACAGGUGCCAGUGGCUGCAAACCUGCCUUCAGGAUACUUGAGCUUACAGGACAACAGCAGCAAGCAGCACAACGGUCAGGAGGUGAAGUGGGUGGAUGGUGGGAGGCCGCUGCUCAAAGUCUCCACUCAGCUGGUGUCCACUGUAUACACACAGGAUCAACAUCUGCAUAACUUCUUUCAUCACUGCCAGAGUAUUGAAUCCACGGGCCAAACAGGAGGAGAACUGGUCAAAUACCUGAAGAGUCUGCACGCCAUGGAGGCUCAUGUGAUGGUAAAGUUCCUCCCCACCAUCCUCAACCAGCUGUUUCGUGUGCUCACCACCUCCGGCCUGGAAGAUGUAGCCGUGAACGUCACCAGGGUGAUGAUCCAUGUCGUGGCUCAGUGUCAUGAAGAGGGUCUGGAGCAUCACUUGCGUUCCUAUGUAAAGUAUGUUUUGAAGACCGAGACAAACUUAACCAACGGUAAAACUGUCCAUGAGGAACUGGCAAAAGCCAUGACCACCAUCCUGAAACCCUCGACGGAUUUCCUCACCAGCAACAAACUCCUGAAGUACUCCUGGUAUUUCUGUGAGGUUUUAGUCAAGUCUAUGGCUCAGUACCUGAUCGAGACAGGCAAGGCCAAGGUUUCGAGGAACCAGCGUUUCUCAGCGUCCUUCUAUCACUCUGUGGAGACGCUGGUGACCAUGCUGAUGCCUCACAUCACACAGAAAUACAAAGACAACCUGGACGCCACACGAAACGCCAAUCACAGCCUCGCUGUCUUCGUCAAGCGCUGUUUCACCUUCAUGGACCGAGGGUUCGUGUUCAAGCAGAUCAACAACUACAUCAGCUGCUUCAUGGCCGGAGACUGCAAGACGCUGUGUGAGUUUAAGUUUGAGUUUCUGAAGGUGGUCUGUAAUCAUGAACACUACGUUCCUCUCAACCUGCCCAUGCCGUUCGGGAAGGGUCGGAUCCAGCGCUUCCAAGAUCUUCAGCUGGACUACUCUUUAACCGACGACUUCUGUAAGCAUCACUUCCUGGUGGGGCUGUUGCUGAGGGAAGUGGGCGGAGCCAUGCAGGAGUUCAGAGACGUGCGUCAGAUCGCACUGCAGGUGCUGAAGAACCUGAUGAUCAAACACGCCUUCGACGACCGCUACUCCUCCAAGGGUCAGCAGGCUCGCUUGGCUACGCUGUACUUGCCUCUGUUCAGUCUGAUGCUGGAAAACGUCCACAGACUCAACAUCAGAGACGCGGCUCCGCUAACCAGCCAGACUAACAUGAACGGCCGUGAUGAUCAUGUGAUGACGACACCCACCAAACCCUCGGUCAGUCCAGCGGACAGCGGCCUGCAGAAAGAGGUGUUCGGAGUGAUUUCAGGAACAGUGUCUCCACACACUCCGAGCGUCAGCUCUGUACGGCACACGGACUCGCGCUACUCCCUCAUCAGCACAGACUCCGGGAACGGCCUAUCAGAGCGCAGCGUUGACAAGCCACACCCCCUCGACAAGCGGGCUGGUUUCACGCGCCGUCACUCUGCCAGCGUUCUGCGUUUCUUUACUGACUCCGAGGAGACGUCGCUCUCCGCUCGUCUCAAACGCCAGACCAUGGACUUCUCUCUGCUGUCUACACCGUCUGAGCAACACACACACCCUACACAAUGUCACGCCGCUGCAGUUCUGGGCAGUUCUUUACUCCGCUGUGACAAACUGGACCAAUCAGAAGUCAGGAAUAUGUUGAUGUGCUUCCUGCAUGUGCUGAAGAGCAUGUCUGAAGAUGCUCUAUUCAACUACUGGAAUAAAGCUUCACCAACAGACCUGAUGAACUUCUUCAGUCUUCUAGAAGUGUGCCUUCAUCAGUUCAGAUACAUGGGAAAGAGACACAUUGCCAGGACUCUGGAGGGAUCCGGGCCGGUGGUUCACGAGCGUCGCUCUCAGACUCUCCCCGUGUCCCGCAGCAGAACAGCAGCUUUACACAUGAGACUCCAGCAGCUCAACAGCCUGGACAACUCCUACAGCUACAGCCACACUUACAGUCAUUCAGACGCUGAUGUGUUGAAUCAGUCUCUGUUGGAAGGAAACAUUGCUACAGAAGUUUGUCUGACAGUUCUGGACACAUUGAGCAUCUUCAUCACGGGGUUUAAGACUCAGCUGAGUUUGGAUCACGGCCACAAUCCCCUCAUGAAGAAAGUGUUCCAGGUUCAUCUCUGCUUCUUACAAAUCAACCAAUCAGAGACGGCCCUCAAACAGGUCUUCACUUCCCUCCGCACCUUCAUCUACAAGUUUCCAUGCACGUUCUUCGAGGGCCGAGCGGAUAUGUGCGCGUCCUUCUGCUAUGAGAUCCUGAAGUGCUGUAACUCCAAACUGAGCUCCAUCCGCAGCGACGCGGCUCACCUGCUCUACUUCCUCAUGAAGAGCAACUUCGACUACACUGGACGCAAGUCCUUCGUCCGCACACACCUGCAGGUGGUGAUCGGAGUCAGUCAGCUGAUCGCUGAUGUCAUCGGAAUAGGAGGGACACGGUUCCAGCAGUCCCUGUCCGUCAUCAACAACUGUGCCAACAGCGACAAAACCAUCAAAAGCACAGCGUUCCCGUCAGACGUGAAAGACCUGACGAAGAAGAUCCGGACGGUUCUGAUGGCCACGGCUCAGAUGAAGGAGCACGAGAGGGACCCGGAGAUGCUGGUGGACCUGCAGUACAGUCUGGCCAAGUCUUACGCCAGCACGCCUGAGCUCCGCAAGACCUGGCUGGACAGCAUGGCUCGUAUACAUGUGAAGAACGGGGACCUGUCUGAGGCAGCCAUGUGUUAUGUGCACGUUGCAGCGCUGGUGGCCGAGUACCUGAGGAGGAAAGGCAUGUUUAAACAGGGCUGUUCAGCGUUCAGAGUGGUCACACCUAACAUUGAUGAAGAAGCGUCCAUGAUGGAGGACGUGGGGAUGCAGGACGUUCACUUUAAUGAGGACGUCCUGAUGGAGCUUCUGGAAGCGUGUGCGGAUGGGUUGUGGAAAGCCGAGCGAUACGAGCUCAUCUCUGACAUCUACAAACUCAUCAUUCCCAUCUAUGAGAAACGCAGAGAUUUUGAGAAACUGUCUCACCUGUAUGACACGCUGCACCGGGCCUACAGUAAGGUCACAGAGGUCAUGCACACGGGCAAGCGGCUGCUGGGCACAUACUUCAGAGUGGCGUUCUUCGGUCAGGGGUUUUUCGAGGAUGAAGAUGGGAAAGAGUACAUAUAUAAGGAGCCCAAAUUCACGCCGCUGUCUGAGAUCUCACAAAGACUCCUCAAACUCUAUUCAGACAAGUUUGGAGCGGAGAAUGUGCGGAUGAUCCAGGACUCAGGCAAGAUUAACACAAAGGAUCUGGACUCGAAGUUCGCCUACAUCCAGGUGACUCACGUCAGCCCGUUCCUGGAGGAGAAGGAGCUGCUGGAGAGGAGGACCGACUUCGAGAGGAGCCACAACAUCCGCCGCUUCGUCUUCGAGAUGCCGUUCACCGUUUCAGGCAAAAAACAAGGCGGCGUAGAGGAGCAGUGCAAACGCAGGACUAUACUGACCACCACACACUCGUUCCCGUACGUGAAGAAGCGCAUCGCCGUGAUGUACCAGCAUCACGUGGACCUGAACCCCAUCGAGGUGGCCAUCGACGAGAUGAGCAAGAAGGUGCUGGAGAUCCGGCAGCUGUGUUCCUGCAGCGACGUGGACAUGAUCCAGCUCCAGCUCAAACUACAGGGCAGCAUCAGUGUGCAGGUGAACGCCGGUCCUCUCGCGUACGCCAGGGCGUUCCUGGAUGAUGCCAGCACUAAGAAAUACCCAGACAACAAAGUCAAACAGCUAAAGGAAGUGUUUCGGCAGUUUGUGGAGGCGUGUGGUCUGGGGUUAGGAGUGAAUGAGCGUCUGAUUAAGGAGGAUCAGCAGGAGUAUCAUGACGAGAUGAAGGCCAACUACAGAGAUCUCACCAAAGAGCUGUCCGCCAUCAUGCAUGAGCCUAUCUGCCCAGGGGAUGAUGGGAUGCGCAGUCCUCUUCCAGACUCACUUCACAUCUUCAACGCCAUCAGCGGGACGCCCACUGUCGCCACCGUCCAGGGCCUGCCCAACUCCUCCUCCGUGGUGUGAGCCUGACCCCUGGCUGACCUGGAGGACACUGACUGUUUCCUGUGGAGACUUCAUCAUAAACUGUGUGUUUUACCUUUGGCCAUUUUGCCAGUUUUAUAGGGCGGCUCACACAAACACGUCCUCUGCUAAAGUGUGUGUUAUCUUGCUCCAUCUGUGUGACGAGCCUGAAGUGGUGCGGUGUGAAUCCGUGUGAUGCACUGGAGACACACACACACACACACACACACACACACACACACACUAAUGUUUAUCUCUUAUUUUUCUACUGUGUGUCACAGCUGAAUGUGUUUUUAUCUGUAUUUAACAGUCUCUGCUCUGCUGUAUUUAAACAUCGUCUCUAAUGCUUUGAAUAAAUCUCAAACUAUUCCCAAA